AUGACGAACCUUGGAUCCUUAUCAGCAGACGUACUGCUCGCUCCCGGACCGAACGACAGCGUUUCAGAACUCCGCUGGUCUCCCAUGUCAAACCAUCUCACGAUUUCAGCCUGGGACAACAUUCUUCGAGUCUACGAAAUUACCCAAUCCUCCGGCUCCCCUCACUCUGGCAACCUCCUGUUCACCCACGCUUUGUCCGCGCCGCUCCUCUCCUGCGACUGGUCGAAGGACGGAACUCACGUCGUCACCGGAAGUACCGACCAUAAGGCCUUUCUCCUGGACCUGAACGCGCACGGAUCACUUCCUAUCCAAGUCGCGGCGCACGCGGCGCCUAUUAAGAGCGUGCGGUUCGUGACUAUUCCCGGAUCUAAUGAACCCAUACUCGCUACCGGCUCCUGGGACGAGACCAUCAAGUUCUGGGACGUGCGGCAGAAUACGCCCCUCGCAUCGCUGAACUGCGAGGGAAGGGUUUUCUCCAUGGACUCGGCCGGCAUGUUGCUUACUGCAGCGACGUCCGAGGGGAAAGUUCAUGUGGUUGACUUGAAUAACCCUACUGUAUGCAGGACGACCACGAAAACGGCGCUACACAAGCAGAUCCGUGUCGUGAGCUGUUUUCCCACGGGCGAUGGCUAUGCCGUGGGUGGGAUCGAGGGCCGUUGCGCGUUCGUGUAUCUUAAUCCGGAGAGGGCGAGGUUCGAGUCUAUGUUCUAG